AAAUAUCAAAGUUUUCAUUAUUCAUUUCUAUUUAUUUCUAUUACUACAAAAGACAAACAAAAGGAAUUAUCAUGUUUCAAUUUGGUGGAUUUAAUAUGAUAUUCCCGGAUGUCGGGAGGAAUUUUCAAUCGUCCUACAAAUGCUUCUCAGUGUCCAUGCUUCCGGGAAACGAGCGACACGACGUCGAAAAGGGUGGAAAGAUUAUAAUGCCACCAUCGGCGCUUGAUGCGUUAACACGUCUCAAUGUAGAAUACCCAAUGCUCUUUAAGUUGAUCAACAGUAAAAAAAAUAGAAUUUCCCAUGCUGGAGUCUUGGAAUUCGUUGCAGACGAAGGAAAAGUUUAUCUUCCAUAUUGGAUGAUGGAUAAUUUGCUGCUAGAGGAAGGCGAUAUCAUAACUAUUGAAAGUGUAUCGCUCCCGGUGGCGACGUUUUCGAAAUUUCAACCUCAUAACACAGACUUUUUGGACAUAACCAAUCCAAAAGCUGUACUAGAGAAUGCUUUGAGGAACUUUGCUUGUCUAACCACUGGCGAUGUAGUUGCAAUAAAAUACAACAAAAAAGUAUAUGAAUUGUGUGUUCUAGAGACGAAGCCAGGAAAUGCUGUCAGCAUCAUUGAAUGUGAUAUGAAUGUUGAGUUUGAGGCCCCAGUUGGGUACAAGGAGCCCAGUACAUCGAAAAAAGUAGAACAACCCGAAGAAGAAACUGUUGAGAAUAUGGAAGAAGAAGUCAACACUUUCAGUGGUUCCGGAAAUCGCUUGGAUGGUAAAAAGAAGAAGGAAGCCCAAUUAUCGCAGCCUGUCAUGAAAAAGACCUUGCCACGAGGAAUUCCUGACUAUGAUUAUCAAAGAGAUGUUAUAAAAUUCGAUCGAAGCGUCAUACCCAUCAGUGAUCGCGUUCCAAAAGAAGAAUCAACAGCUCCUGAACCAGAUGACUUCCAAGGCCAAGGGUUUUCUAUGAAAAAAUCAAGAAAAUAAAUUUGUAACUUGAAAAAUUA